UGUAUUCCCAUUUGUCAAAAUUUAAGUGUCAUCACAACCCAAAAUCACGUCGAAAUAUUUUCAUUUGCUUCUAAAUUAUUUUUUAACUGUGUUUUUGAACCUGAGCAAUGUCUUCAAACGGGGACGAAGACGACGCUCUACUCAACGAGGACAUCGACACCAUUUUGCUGACGCUCCGGAAGCCGACAGAACUUCACAGGGUGUUCGAUUCAGUGCCGAAGCCAGCCCGAGCGGUUCCUAAGAACGGGCUCCCGGCCUGGUACAAGUUGGGCCUGGACUGCAAGCUGCCUGUGCCCCAGUUUCCUAAAGACAAGAUCGUGUUCUCAAGGGGCAAGAUUGGAGAGGAUGUCCGUCGCAUCAAAAUCGGUGGCACCAAGCCAUCCUUCAACCUCUCCGACCCUCACUGCCUCAAUGUCUCCUACGAAUACGCCCCAGUCCACGACCCCCACUUGGACCCCCACUUCAAGCAGCCCCACCACCGGGCCCGUAUGGUCAACCUCGGAUUCGUGGCCAAGGAUGGAAGAGCUGUGUGCUCUCUUAAGGAGUUCAACCAGUACAGGAAGUUUCUGUACAGUCGCUAUAUGGAUAAGAUAAGGGAGGAGCUGAAGGCCUUGGACGAGCGAGCUCAAGACGAGCUGUUGCUCCGGCGUGUGGAGCGCGACCUGGCGCGGAGACAGCUCGCCUUUAACCGGGCGGAGCGCGCGCGGGAACACAAGCUGGAGGCCGCCCAGGCCAGGAAGGACGAGUGGGCGGAGAAGAAACGGAUAGCGAAAGAGCGUGAAAAGAAGGUGAAAGACCGCAUACGCUACCUAGCCGACUUCAAGGAGAAGCAGAAAACAGAACGAGCUGCCAAGGCCAAAGAGAAGGAAGACAGGAUCAAGCAGAGGCUCCAGGCUGCAGCAGAACUGGAGUUGAGGAGGAAGAUCACGAUGAUCCGCGAGUGGAGGUCCAACGAGAGGAAGAGGCUGAAACGGUUGCAGCAGGAAAAAGAACAGAAAGCUAAACUGCUGGAGGAGAAUGCCAACAAUAAAUGGGAAGCCCGUAUUGAGGCACAGAAUAAAAAGAUUGAACUGGAGGCGAAGGUGCUGAAAAUGUACUGCGAUGAUAUUAAAGCAGCGGCGGAGAGACGAACUAAGCGAGCGGAAGUCCAGGCGUACAAUGCGGAUCUAGCGUUCCAGCGCAUAAAACUGACGAAUUUGAAAGCAAUACAUGGCGGCGCCGCAAAAGAAGCAAAAGUCGUUAAAAAAAUGGGUUCCGCUUUUGAGAAGUCUGCAAGAGGAACCAGAGGCAUGACAAUGGAACGCGCUCAAGAUAUAGCCAAUGAAGCUAUGAAGCAAGCUAAUUCAGUCGACGCGGAUCGCUUUACCAACAUCGGACAAGCUAAGAAGAUGAUGGACGAAUCUCUAGAUACCCCUGCUGCGCCUGCCAAACUGCUUGAUGAGAUAAUGGACUCGGCUAUACGAGAGUAUUCCCGUCGCCACAUCAACAACGCUCUGCGCAAGGUAGAGAACGCCGUCAAGAAACAAGCCGGAGACGAGUUCUUAUCCGCAUCAAGGCAAAAUGUGCACACGAAACGAGGAGGCGUUAAAUCCCGUUGGGCGAAAAUUCUUGAAAAUAAGAAUGCAAAUAAAGAUGCCUCGAAGACGGGCAAAGGUGAAAAACGCGAGUCUCGAGGGCUGUCGUUCGGUCCCGUGUCCACUGUUGAAGGCGCCGACACUCUGGAUCCUGGCGCCAUGAAGAGCGCCAAGGGAAGGACCCCUACACCUGUGCCAUCAAAGACAAUGUUGGUAGACGUAGCUUUCAAAGAGCGGGACGAAGAUUUGCCGGACCCUGUGGCUCACGCAGGUCAUUUACCUGAACGAAACAAAUUAGCAAAUAUGGUUCGAACGGCAUCGAAACUGCUGGUGAAAAAUGUAAAGGCCCGCGUCAACAAGGGCUUGGAUGUGACUACUGGAGAAGUGACUCUGCCGAGUGUCAGGCACCCGAUGGAAUGGGGGGAAGCGGUGGAGGGUCUGGCGGGGGCGGUGGUGGAGAGCCGAGUGGGCACCGACUGUGGGGACCUACGGCGUACUGGUGACUUCCUCGCCAGCCGGAUACUGAAGACACUCAACGCUGACAUGAAGGCCGAGAAGAAGAAGAAGAAAUUGGCAACAAUUUCGUCGGAUAAACAAGAUUUUUACAUACCUGAUCCAGUAGGUAAUGAAAAGUAGGCAAGAGGCAACACCAUGAAGGGAAUAGCCGCGUAUCUUAUACGUGGCUAAUGAAUUUUGGUAGUGUCCGUAGUAUGUGAAGAUUUUUUGUGACUGAGUUUAUUUACAAGUUU